GCCCAAUGGAAAAGCUUGACGUAAGCCCCGCUUCCUCACCCUGGCAACGGGCGGGUGACUACUUCCGGUGCUGUGAGGGCUCGGGGCUGACGCGGGGUACUUCUUCUCCUGCAAUUACUUUUGGAUGGAAGUAUGCACUUUCCCCAAUAGAAGAUGGUAAUCUCAGAGAAUGACCAUGGAGAAGGGGAUGAGUUCUGGAGAAGGGCUGCCUUCCAGAUCAUCUCAGGUUUCGGCUGCUAAAAUAACAGUCAAAGAGUUGGAAACAAAGCAAUCCCAUAAGGAGAAGCGAGGGGGCUUUGUGUUGGUACAUGCAGGUGCGGGUUAUCAUUCUGAGUCCAAAGCCAAGGAAUAUAAACAUGUAUGCAAACGAGCUUGUCAGAAGGCAAUUGAAAAGCUACAGGCUGGUGCUCUUGCUACAGAUGCAGUGACCGCAGCUCUGGUGGAACUCGAGGAUUCUCCAUUUACAAAUGCAGGAAUGGGAUCUAAUCUAAAUCUCUUGGGUGAAAUUGAAUGUGAUGCCAGCAUAAUGGAUGGAAAAUCCUUAAAUUUUGGAGCUGUUGGAGCACUGAGUGGAAUCAAGAACCCAGUCUCAGUUGCAAACAGACUCUUGUGUGAAGGGCAGAAGGGCAAGCUCUCCGCUGGCCGAAUUCCUCCCUGCUUUUUAGUUGGAGAAGGAGCCUACAGAUGGGCAGUAGAUCAUGGAAUACCCUCUUGUCCUCCUAACAUCAUGACCACAAGAUUCAGUUUAGCUGCAUUUAAAAGAAACAAGAGGAAACUAGAGCUGGCAGAAAGGGUGGAAACAGAUUUCAUUCAACUAAAGAAAAGAAGACAAUCAAGUGAAAAGGAGAAUGACUCGGGCACUUUGGACACAGUGGGCGCUGUAGUUGUGGACCAUGAAGGGAACGUUGCUGCUGCUGUCUCCAGUGGAGGCUUGGCCUUGAAGCAUCCAGGGAGGGUUGGACAGGCUGCUCUGUAUGGAUGUGGCUGCUGGGCUGAAAACACUGGAGCUCAUAAUCCCUACUCCACAGCUGUGAGUACCUCAGGAUGUGGGGAGCAUCUUGUGCGUACCAUACUGGCUAGAGAAUGUUCACAUGCUUUACAAGCUGAAGAUGCUCACCAAGCACUGUUGGAGACUAUGCAAAACAAGUUUAUCAGUUCACCUUUCCUGGCCAGCGAAGAUGGCGUGCUUGGAGGAGUCAUUGUUCUCCGAACUUGCAGAUGUUCUGCAGAGUCUGACUCCUCCCAAGAUAAGCAGACACUUCUAGUGGAAUUUCUGUGGAGCCACACAACAGAGAGCAUGUGUGUUGGAUACAUGUCAGCCCAGGAUGGGAAAGCCAAGAACAUCAGGAAGAAGAGUAAAACUGACAUAGAAGAAUAUAAAGAGAAACCAGCCCAACUUUUAAUGAACUGUUUAUGGCCACAUGUGUGACAGCUUAAAAUCCUAAGAAGCCCCAGUCACAGGGUGAGUCUCACACCCACCACCAGUUCUUCCCUAUGAAGCCUUCACCAAGUGAACACACCAAAGGCUUGGAGCAUGGUAAAGAACUGAGUGAUUCAUCAAGGUGUGUAGGAUUUGCACCAAGUACAUGGCAGUGGCCAAAGAAAGACUGGAAAUAGAGCAAGAGACCUGAGAGACAUCUCCCUGAGGUAUAGUGGCCCUUUAUCAAGUGCAAGGCAAUUGCAAGAGAAGGCUGGGAUAAAGCAAAAGAAAUGAUAAGAAACCUCCCUUAUUUCUGCAAGGUGUACAGGACCUUCAUCAAGGGCAAAGCAGUGUACUAAUGAAUGCUAGUGCCUGGGGAACAGGGUGAAGAAAUAAGCUAUGGUAUGGAAACCUGGGGGAGAUUAUCAAGAGUAAAGAGAUCACCUAAGCAUCCCAGAAAUCUGGUGGCUGGGCUAUAAACAAAGAGAAAUAUCCCAUGAUUAGAAUACUGGCAGCUGGAUUAUAAGACAUAGAGAAGUCUUCAGAGUCUAAUCAGGGCUCAGAUCCCAGACUUUGCUUAAGGGAGAUCCCUGAUCCAGACCUCAGAAUAUUAGCCAAGAGUGAACUGAAUCUAAACCUACCACAAAGCCCAGAACCAGUUCACUAGAGAUUAGACUGAUUCACAGUCCUAACCUAUGGGAAGAGGGUGUGCCAUUUUCUUAGGAUAAAUAAUAUCCAUGUUAAAUAUAAUUUACUAUUAUUUUAUAUGCAGCGUCUAUCACACAAUUAAAAUUGAGUCGUCUGAAGAAACAAAAAAAUUAAUGGAAACUUAUCCAUAGAUGACCUGGAUGUUGGAAUUAGCAGAGGAUAAUAAAAUAAUUAUGAUAACUACAACAAGAAAUAACAAAAUGGAAAUGGUAUAAUGGAAAAAUACAACAUCAGAAAUAAAGUACUUAUUCGAUGGGCUUAACAGGAAAUUGGGGUAGAAAAUAUGAUUAGUGAACUUGAGAACCAUUCAGUAGAAACUGUCCAAAGUUAAACACAAAGAAGAAAAUGAAUCUAAGAAACUGAAACGAAUGUCUGACCUAUGGAACUAUCACAAGUGGCCUAAAAUGUGUGCGUUUGGAUUAAUAUAGCUGUGAAGUUCUUAUGUUAGUAUUUGAAUGUAGUUUGAGGUAAAUGUGCUUAUUUAAUUUCUAGAGCAACAAAUUUAAGUAUAACAAAAAAGUUGUUAAAAAAAUCAAUGCAAGACAUAUAAGAAAGUAUACUACAAAAUAUUAUCCAAAGAGUUGGUAGGAAAAGAGGAACAGGAAAACAUAUAACAUAAAACAAAUGCUAUAAGACUUAAGUUCAAUUAUAACAAUAAUUACAUUAAAUGUGAAUAAACAUUCAAUUUAAAAGGCACAGAUUUUCAGAUUGAAAAAAAUUUCAGAAGACACAUCCAUAUGGUGUUUAUAAGAAGUAGACAAAAUUAGUAGUAUAAAGAUUCAGACAAAAUUAGUAGUGAGAUUGUAGAAAAAAAUGUAUCUGCAAACACUAAGCAUAAGAAAGUUGGUAUGCAAACACUAAGCAUAAUAAAGUUAUAUUAAUGUCAGGCAUAGGAAACAUUCUAAGGUGAGGCAGCAUAUUUCAUAUUGAUAAAAUGGCCAAUUCAUUAAAAGAAGACAUAAAAAUUCUAAGGAUGUAUGUACCGAGUAAAGGAAGUAAAAAUUGAGAGAACUAUAGAGAAGGAAUCAACAAAUCUACAGUGUAGUUGGGAAUUUUAACAUUCCUCUCUCAGUAAUAAGUAGAAUAAAAAUCAGUAAAUAUAUGAACAGCACUAUGAUCCAGCUUGACUUAAGCAAUAUUUAUAGAUUCCACACUCAAUAAGCGAUUCUUUUCAAGUUUACAAGGAAUACUCACCAAAAGAAAUUGGAAAUUACUUCA